CUGGUUCCGGUUCCGUCCCCCAUUUAUGGUUCGGUCUGGAUCUGAUGAUGGUCACAUGGUUCUCCGAGUCGAACCGGUCCUUCCCCGGUUCCAGCAGAACCUCCUAGUCCACUUGGCACCUGAGGAGAAGAGCUUCCCGGUGCGGUUCCGGUUCUGGUCCGGUCCAAGAACGGAACCAACAGCGCCUCAGGUGGACCGACAGAUGGAGAACCGAGCGUCUGGACCCGAACUGGUUCUGGUCUUCAGCGGGAAGCGGAAGUCAGGGAAAGAUUACAUAACGGACAUGAUCCAGGAUCGUCUUGGCCCGGAGAUGUGCGCCGUGCUGCGUCUAUCCGGGCCGCUGAAGCAGCAGUACGCUCAGGAGCGCGGCCUGGACCUGAACCGACUGCUGGGUUCCGGACCGUACAAGGAGCGGUACCGGGCCGAUAUGAUCCGCUGGGGGGAGGACCGACGGAACCGUGACCCGGGUUUCUUCUGUCGCCUAGCAACCAGAGGAGCCCAGCAACCUGUGUGGGUGGUGAGCGAUGCCAGGCGGCAGUCGGACCUGCAGUGGUUCCAGUCCGAGUUUCCCCGUCAGACCCGUAGCGUCAGAGUCCAGUGCUCGGAGGAGACCCGGGGGCAGAGGGGGUGGAGCUUUACGCCAGGUGUGGAUGAUGCAGAGUCAGAGUGCGGGCUGGACCGCGGCGUGGAGUUCGAUUGGAUCAUCAGGAACGAGGCCGAUGCCCCCUCCCUGGACCAGCAGCUGCAGCCCAUCCUGAGGGCGGCACAGGAAGCGGCGGCGGCAGCGCAGGAAGUGGCAGUGCUCCGACAUGAUCAAUAAAGUUAUUAUUGAUUAGCUUCAAUUUUAAUCAUAGUUAUUUAAAAAGAAAUUAUUAAAACUGAUGACAUCACAGACUGCUACUGAGCAUGUGCAGAAUGUGCCACUUCACCUGUGGGCAGUGCGACCUGCUGAAGCACCUGACCUCAGAGCCGCAUUCUGAUUGGCUGAGAGGGAUCAGCAGGUGUUUCAGAAAGCUGAAGGAAGAACUCCCCUGCAGUUUCCCUCUGGAGGCUAAUCCUGUGGAGCAAGGGCCCUCUAGUGUUUAGGAGGAGGAACUGAGGGUUCUAUUUGGAUCAGAACCGGACCGGCUGCUUAGUACCAUCAGCAGGAACGACAAAGAAUGAAAAUAUUUAAAUCUGAAUGAAUGAAGUUAUGAUUUUUCUGGAUCCUUUUAGAAAUAAACUGUUUAAAAUUUAAA